CUUCGGAUGCCUGCACAACAGUACAGUAUAUUAGGAUUCCCUAUCUUUAGUACGUUCCCUCGCCUCCUCAAUUCUUCGAACUGUUUACUAAAAUACUAGCCACAGCCCUUUUGGCAGCACCCACAUGGCAUAGGUGUUGCUGCUGACUUAGAUGGGUUUUUAUGCACUGCUAAGACGCUGAUUGUCUCGCAUCUUCGGCGUUCCUACAUAAAGCAUGGCCGCGGCUGCACAAAGCGGGGAUAGCGAGAGCAUCCUUAACCUGCUCGAGCAUUUUAAGGAUGACGAUGGACGGGUGGCCCUCCUUGUUAAGGAAUUACAGGAGCUAUCGACCAGGGUUCAGGCAGCCGAGGUGGCAACGGUGGAUCCACGAUUAACAGCUGGUAAUAAUCGAGGUUCCAUGGCCGAUGGCAACGGCUGGCCGCAUGGUAACCGGCGCGGUUCGAGUCCCCUCAACAGCAUCGACCGGCUUCACAGCGGUGGCGAGGUCUUUGCGGAAACCGGGCGGCGUGUACGGCACCAGCUGCUGCACUUCCCCUCCUCCGUUUCGCGCCAGAACUCGGGCAGCGGCGACGACGGCGGCACCCCCAACGGCGGUGUGGGCGGCCGGGGGCAGCAAGUAGCUGCCGCGGGGCGGGUGGAGGAGGCGGUGCUGCCCGUGCCACCGGACGACCCCUCCCAGCCGCUGCCGCUGCCCCCCGGCGGCCACGAGUGGGAGUCGCUGCAGGCGGCGGUCAACGACAGUGUGGCCGCAUUCGGCACGGCGGCGGCCAAGAUGGGCUGGAAGAAGUGGGCGCUGACCCGGGCGCACUCAGCCCUGCUGGUCAGCCUGUUCUGGUGGGUGGUGGCCGCCGCCUUCCGCAGCGAGCACCCGCUCAGCCGCUCGCUGCAGGACUUUGCGUUCGGGCACUUCUGCCGGCACUACGCGGCGGUGGUGCUGGUGGUGCGCGGGAAGGCGAGGGACCAGUACCAACAGGUAUGGAUAGAGAUGAUGGCCGCUGCAGCCCUGUACCUCCUGGCGGAGGUCUUCCCCCGCUCGCAACACAAGUUCGACGACGGCCUGCGCGCCCUCAUCACCAAGCAGCUGCGCCUCUGGACGGCAGGCGCGCUGCCCGCCGACAUGCACCCCUCCGCGCAUGCAGACGCGCACGACGCCUCGCCAGCUGCGUUCUCCGUGUCGGCUGCAGCCGCUGCGGCGGCGGCCGCUGCGGCGGCGGCGGCGGCUCAGACGGGUGCCAACCGGGCGGCGGCGCAGGCGAAGGCGGCGGCGGCGGCUUCGGAGCCGCAUGCGUCGCUACCGAGCUUCAGCGGGCGGAUGAGUCCAUCGCAGGGUCAGGGGUCUGGGCAGAUGAGGCCGCUGUCUUCGGCACGGGGCACCUCAGCGGGCACCACCGUGCUCAGCCUAAACGGCACCUCCCGCGGCCGCAACAGCUCCCUCUCCGCCGCCAGCGGCCUGGGCGGCAUCAGCGGCCCCGGCGGCAGCAGCACGGGCGGCCAUGCGGGUCCGCAGGCCUUCGUGUCCACCAAAAACAGCCCCGUCAUGACGCAGAUGCUGCUGGGGGGCGGGGCGGCGGAUGGUGGCGGUGGCGGUGCGGGCGGCAGUGGCGCUGCGCCGCCGAUCAUCAAGGGACUGAUGAAGAAUGCGGUGGGCAGCACGCUGGCACGCAUGCACCGGGCGCUGGACGAGGCGAGUGACGAGGAGCUCAGCUACAGCCGGCUAGCGGCCGCUGCUACCGCCAGCGCCUCGGAUGCGGUCGCUGCCUACGAAGCGAGCAAGCGCGCGGCGGCAGCGGAGGCGCUGGCGCUGCGGCGGGGGCUGGUGGAGGCGCGCGGGGCGAUUGAGGCGCGGCAGCGGGCGGCGCUGGCGGGCGGCAGCGGGCACGUGAAGCAGAUGAGCGAUCGACUGAGCGGCUACAUACAGAACGACGUGGACCGCCUGCUCGCCGGCCAGCCCACCAGCACCGAGCCCGGCACCAGUGCGGAGCGCCCCCGCUACCUGCGACCCACCGCCGCACAGCCCGGAGGCGGCCCGGCGGGGGGAGCAGGCGAAGCGGCGGGCGGCAGCGGCGCCGUGAAACCCGCACGUCUGAUGGCGCCGCUGUACGAGAUGCGGCGCGUGGAGGGCAACAUCCGAGCGGCACUUGCGGGCGGGCGGCACAGCAGCACGGACACGGCGGCUCGCGCCGCGGCGCUGACGGCGGCUCGGGAGGCGGCGGCGGCGGCGGAUUGGCGGCCGCUGGCGCAGUACCCGGUGGGCACGAAGGACACGAGGAGGCGCAAGAUGGCGGCGACCAUCUUGCAUGGGCUGGAUUUGGAGCCGUACUUGUAGUGCCGUACUUGGGGUGAAGGGAAAUCGACAAAGACGAAUACUACACGGUAGUCGGAGAGACCCGCCGUGGGUCUCUACCUUAGUAAGAAGUAGUAGGAAGUAGGAAGGGGGAGAGGGGCUCAGUGCGACGUUGCGGGGCAAGGGAUUGACAGCGGUGCAGGUGAGAGCGGUGCAGGUGCGAAAGAGACUUGCACUAGCUGGUAUGGGGGUUACUUGGCAGGGGCUAGGAAGCGCGGUGGGGCUGUGUGAGCCAGGAUCGGGACAAGCUUGGGUGUAGCGCAUGAACGAAUGAGGUCAGUUUGCAAACGUCUAAUAAACGUAUAAUAGAGACAUCUUCUCCGGUAUCCGAACGUGCCGCCCAUAUGUGGGGGAGUACUGAGGUGUUGGCCCUAGGACUCAGGUAACCAAUGCUCUAGGGAUA